UUGUCAAGUCCUGUUAUAGGCUCUUUCCAUUGUUGUCAAAACACAAUGAGCAAAAAGUUCGAACUGUACAUAUCGAAUUCAGCCUAAUGAGUUAUGAACUACAAAAAAGCUACAACAAAAACAUCAAGCCGAUUCAGAGCGAAAAGUGAAUGUUUCCUGUAAAUUGACUAAAAUCAAUCAUCACACGAAGUAAAAUGGAAUUUUGCCCCGCACGAAAGGGGAUACUAAAACAGGAAGACCCAGAAAACAGUCCUGUAGCCUCUUUCCCAUCGUCCGCUCCAAAAAUCGAUUCCCCAAUAAAACUUGAAUAUGAGAUUGGUGAUGAGGAAUUCACGCAGAAUAGUGAUUUCCAUCUCGAAUCUCAGACACAGACACAGACACAGAAAAGUGAUUUUCAUGAAGAAAUCUUGGUACCUAAAGAGGUUUUUAGUUGCGAAGUUUGCGGGAAACAAUUUUCAUUUAAGAAUACCCUGAAGAAGCAUAUGAUGGUUCAUGUUGAAGACAAACGCUUCACUUGUAAAGUGUGCGGCAAAGGAUUCCGGGAUAAUCCGAGUUUAAAGGACCACGCAAACAUGCACACUGGUAAGCGACCGUACGAUUGUACUAUAUGUGAAAAAACAUUCUCGUCAAAAGCGAUACUUAUUCGACACAUGCUUAUUCACACAAGCCAGUGUUCGUACAAAUGCAGUGUAUGCGAAAGAGAAUUUGCCAUUAAGAGUUACUUAACUAGACACAUGUCUAUUCACCAAAGUGAGUACAAACAUAAGUGCGAAGUGUGUGGCAAAGGCUUUUAUCGUAGUUCUAACUUGGCUAGACACAGCCUCAUCCAUACGAACGAGAAGUUUAAAUGCACAAUAUGCGCGAAAGAGUAUACCAAUAAGUAUUCGUUUAGCAGACACAUGAAAAUUCACGUGGAUGAUUACGAGCAUAAGUGUGAUGUGUGCGGCAAAGGAUUCGUCUGCAAAUCACUUUUGGAAGACCACAAAAAUAGUCACACAGGUGAACGGCCUUACAAAUGCACCGUAUGCGGAAAAGAUUUUUGUCGUAGAAUGAAACUUUCUGAACACAUGAAACUUCACACAAGCGAGAGACCUUACAAAUGCGCCCUAUGUGGAAAGGAUUUCGUCGUGAUGGAAUACCUAACUAAACACAUGUACACUCACAGGGAUUAUUAUAGGUAUGAUUGUGAUGUGUGUGGCAAAGGAUUCAAAACCAGAUCACUCUUGAAAGACCAUGGACACACUCAUACAGGCGAGCGACCAUACAAAUGCACCAUAUGUGGAAAAGAUUAUCAUGGUAAAAUAAAUCUUUCUCAACACAUGAAACAUCACGCUAGCGAGCGACCUUACAAAUGCGUCGUAUGUGGAAAAGCUUUUGUCAUUCAGUCUUUCCUAACCAAACAUAUGUCCUUUCAUGAGUAUGGCUACAAAUAUCAGUGUGAUAUAUGCGGUAAACAAUUCAUGACUAGACAAGUCUUGGAAGACCAUCAAAAUAUACACACAGGAGAGCGACCGUACAAAUGCACUGUAUGUGGAAAAAACUACACGUCUAAGUCUUCCAUAACCAGACACAUGUUUAUUCACGAAAGUGGUUACAGACACAAGUGUGAAGUGUGUGGUAAAGGCAUGAAUGAUACAUCAAGAUUUGCAAAACACAAACGCCUUCAUACGACCGAGAAAUAUAAAUGCAACAUAUGCGGAAACGAUUUUACCACUAAGAAGGAUCUAAAUGAGCACAUGCUUAGCCACACGACAUCAGUGUGAUGUAUGUGGUCAAGGAUUCAAAGCAGGCUUCCUUUUGAAAGACCACGACCACUGUCUUCAAGGCGAACUGUCACAUAAAAUCACCUUACGUGAAGCUUCAAUACGAAACAUAAUCUGACUGGACGAGCACGAAUAGAAGUGCGAUGUGUGUGACAAACGAGUUUAUCACCGUUCUAUUUUAAGGAGCCUCAAAUACAUUCCUACCGAUGAGUGACCCUUCAAAUGCAUCGUGGGCAAUAAAAAAAAUACCUUGCAAAUAAUUACUCGAAGCUGCAUCUUCGCUGUCACAAAGCUUUCUCGGCUAAUAGUGAAAUAAUUUAUUUAGGUUAGUUUAUUUAGCCUCGUCUUUAACCAAUUGGUCAUUCGCCGGGGGGUUACGACUGAAAUACAUUUCAUUUUGAAAAACCUACUUUGAUAGUUGAUUUGUUGAUUCUUCAACUGCCGGGUCGUUGCAGUGAUUCCCAAACUGAUCCCUACAGCUCACUAGUGGACAUUAGCUCUUUUUCAGUGGGUAGUAAACUCAACAUUGUUAACAGGUGGGUAAUGAGUCGCAAAAAGUGGGCUUCGAUAGUUAGAAAAUCUCUCUGAGUAAGGCCCUGAGUGAAAUGUAUUCAUGACAAAUUUAUAUGUGUACGUUAUUUGGCCGAAUUUUGUUUGGCAUAAAUUUGAUUGGCAUAACUUUUGAUUAGUAUAAAUUUGUUUGG